AUGCAUUUGGUAGGCGCGGUCGCCGCCGCGGCUGACCCACUCUGCCCGUGUCAACUGCUCUUCUUCGUGGGCGAAGGAUGGGACAGCGCCGCGGUCAGCCUCGAGCAGCGCCUGCUGUGCCUGCAGUUCCUCCUCCUCAGCCUCCGUCAGUGUCCGCUCGCCGGCGACCGCACGGCGCGUCUCGCGGCGCAUCGACUGCAUCAUACGGUCAAACUCGUCAUCGUGGCUAGCCAUGUGGCUCUUGCUGUUGCUGCCGCUGCUCCCGUCGCCCUUGGCUGCCCCUUCAUUCAGGAGAGCAUGUGGUGGCGCUGGUACCUUCUCCCUUUCAUAUUCACUCGCGCCCUCACGUAUCUUCCGCAGCAGCGCCAUGUCCGCCUCGUCCAGGCAUGA